CGCGCCGGGUAGUCGCUGUCCAGCGCUCAGCCAUGGAGGCCGGCGUGCUGCGCGUCGUCGUGCUCGUCGCGCUCUUCCUGCUGCUGACGGCGGACUACUCGACGCUGCUGGCGCAGCUGCUCACCGUGCUCGGAUCCCCCGCCGUGCCCGCCUUCGACACCAAGCCUGCCGAAACGGCGCUUGCCGCAGAACACGAGUCCUGGGAACUUUAUCCAAGCUCUACACGCGCCAAACUGCUGUCAACGAUCAAAAACUCGUGUCUUCCGAAGCUGAUAUGUGAAAUGAAUGCCAUGCCGUCCAAGGAGAAAUUAACCGAGUCCGAGAAAGCCCUCUUAAAUCUUAUCCGCGACACGAGCAUCAGCGUGACGGCCGAGGUGACGUCGCGAUACCACUUCGCGGCGCACAUGGGGCAGCUGAUCGCGGGGGUGGACGGCGCGGGCUGCCACAACUUCUACCCCAACUGCCCGUUCCCUGGGCUCACUGCGCUCCAAAUGAUCAAGAGCGCUCGCGCCAAGCGGUAGUCGCUGCUCCCCGCACCUUUUAGUUUUGUGCACCGAGAAGGCUUCUGGCUAGUGCCGCCAAACUGCUGCCACUUCACGUAAGACGUACUAGUGGUACAAUUCAGAAUAGUGCACAAGCGUGGCCAAAAGAUAACUCUAUUACGAGCUGUGAUGUGCUUUCGUGUUCCAUGUUUUCUUACUUUUAUACUGACGAUUUUCGAGGAAGCCACUAAGACAGUAUAGCUCAUUUUAUCUAUACACAGUGAAUAGUUAUAAGGCCUGUGCAGUAGUGGAAAUGGAUACUAAUGUUCCUCAUCUGUAACAAAUUUAAUGAAACUGAAGACCUGUGACGAUUAUGUUCACAAUUAUUUCACAUGAAAUACAAGUGUAAUGACGAACUAAUGAA